AUGUCAAUCGGUUGAUUUCUCAACUCGAUGCUAGGCGUUAUAUCCUGUAUCUCGAUUUUCAUUUUGCUGAAAGAAUGCCAGAAAAUUUUGUUUUCAAUUUCAGUCUUCAUUCAAAUCAGGCCAGGCGCGUGAUGUUUUGAUCUUGAGCCAAUGAAAUGAUUAAGGAAGACACAAGUCGAAAGAAGUCACCAAUCACUCUGCAAUGCCGGAAUCUACCUAAUAAUUUUUAUCUAA